ACACCGUCCGUUGCGUCCAGUUCACCCGACGAACGCUUCACGUCGCCACGCACGACUUCUCGGUCCGCGCGUUUUCGGUAUUGCGUGUCCGUACAUCAGCGGCGGCGCAACGGGUCCGAGUACCUGAGGCACUUGUAGACGUGCGACCCUACGCCCCCCCCCACCACAACGACCGGUGUUUGCCGCGGCAGCAGUACGCCGGCUACAUGACGGUCGGAAAGAUGUUGAGCCGCAAGAAGACGAUGGCGGUCGUGGUGCGCGAGACUUCCAUGUUGGACAGGGUGCUGACCAUCACCGAUCUGACCGCAUUGGGCGUCGGUAGUACUAUCGGCGUGGGUGUGUACGUGUUGCCCGGCGCCCUCUCCAAGUACGUGGCUGGUCCCGCGGUCGUCUUAUCGUUUUUCUUCGCGGCCGUCGCGUCCGUGUUUGCCGGACUAUGUUACGCCGAACUUAGCAGCAGAAUUCCCAAAGCUGGAUCGGCUUAUUCGUACGCUUAUAUCGCCGUUGGUGAAUUGGCAGCAUUUAUAGUCGGAUGGAAUCUAUUGCUUGAAUAUUCAAUUGGUGGAGCUAGUAUAGCUAAAGGAAUGAGUUUAUAUGUCGACGCGUUGUCCAACAAGACGAUGGAAACAAUUUUCAGAGAAUUAUACGAAAUUGAUUCACCUUACCUAUCGGAGUAUUUUGAUUUCUUUGCCAUGUUCAUUGUGCUCGUAUUCAGCGCCGGCCUAGCUUGUGGUCUCAAAGACUCGGUACGUCUCAACAACUUUUUCACGCUGGUUAACUGUGCUGUUAUGGCGUUGGUCAUUGUCGGCGGUUUAUUUCACCUGGACUUCAAGAACUGGUCACUACCCAAAUCCGAGGUGCCCAGUUGGGCAGGAGAAGGGGGUUUUUGGCCGUACGGCGUGCAAGGUGCUCUGCAAGGGGCGGCUACGUGUUUUUACGGGUACGUGGGUUUUGACUGCAUAGCCUCGUCGGGCGAGGAAGUGAAAAACCCUCAAAAGUCAUUACCGCUGGCCAUUGUACUGUCGCUGUUCAUCGUGUUCCUAGCCUAUUCCGGCGUGUCGUCCGUGCUCACCUUGAUGAUACCGUAUUACGCGCAAGAUGCAAACAUGCCAUUGAGCUACGCGUUCGACGUUAUCGAAUGGACAUCUCUGAAAUGGGUGAUCGGAGUUGGCGCAGUUUUCGGAAUGUGCGCCUGUAUGUUCGGCGCUAUGUAUCCGCUGCCGAGAAUACUGUACGCAAUGUCCAACGACGGUUUGAUAUUCAAAAGCCUGGGAAACGUACAUCCACGGUUCAAGACUCCGUUUUUCGGCACAAUGUUCGCCGGCAUCAUUACGGGUCUUUUCGCGGCGUUAUUAAAUCUCCAACAGUUAGUGGACAUGAUGACGAUCGGCACCCUGCUCGUAUAUGUCAUGGUCGCUGUGUGUGUAUUGUACAUGAGGUACCUAGAACAGAGCGACAUGGACGUAGAGUUCUUGGCUGACGAGUACAUCGAAUCGGCAUCACUGACCUCAGUAAAAGUGCGACACACGAGAAAACAGAUCCUGAUGCAAUUGUUCAACUUCCAUAGGUUUGUGCGAGCCAACAGCCUCAGCAGUUACGUGGCGUCUCUACAGACCACGUGUUUCACCGUAUUGUGUUUGCCUCUCGGUCUCUACCUAAGCCACUGGUACGAGCUGACCACCGUCCAUUGGAUAAUCGUCAUGGUCCUGAUGGGCAUCAUGGUACUGCAACUCGUGUCCAUAGCUAUGCAACCGGCGUCCAGAACACCAGUAGCAUUCAAAGUGCCGUUCGUGCCGUUCACGCCGGCGCUGAGUAUAUUCAUUAACAUUUAUCUAAUGUUCUUUUUCGACAUUGACACUUGGGUCAAAUUCAUAGUUUGGAUGCUUAUUGGAUUUGCAAUUUAUUUUGGUUACGGCAUUGUGCAUAGUAAAGAAAGUAAAGAAAAUAAUACAGAAAUUAAUGUUGUUAAACCAAAUCAAUCAAAAUCAUCAUUAAACGUCCAUUAAUAUA